AUGUAUUCAGCGGUCUUUUCCCCCGGUGAACCUUAUUGCGGCGCAACCGGCUCCAAUCACCUAUGUGAGGCAGUGGCGCUCUGCCAGUCGAUUCUGGCGCGCUACCGUCGGACUGGUACUUCCUUCUCCUCCACGGAGCUGAAGGCGGUUCAGGCCCUGCGCACUGAACUCCCUGAUACCGCGCAAGAGCCCGCUGCGAAUAGCGCGGCUUCACCGAACCCGGCGACCAAUGACUUCAUGAGAAUCCUCGAUGACGCAAACGACGUGCCACACAACCCAGAGGACGACACUGUUGCGUUUGUGGAGGAGUGCUGCGACAACACCAAGGAGCCAACGGAGCUGUUUGCCGCCAUUAAUGAGCGCAUUUCUGCCGUUGUUGGCUCGCGCAAUGCCCGCACGUACAUGGUGAUCACAAACGACAACCUCCUAUGGGACCCCGUCAACGGCGUUGCCGCCCUUAUCGACAAUGCCACACAUUUGGGUAAGUGCGCGCAAGCGCGUAACAUGGAGACAAUUGCCAACACCCUGUAUAUUCCCCUCUGGUCUCGGUCCGAGCUCGUUGGCUGCGUGGAGGCGCCGGGUGGCUGCAUUCCGAGCGACAAGGCUAACUGUGCUCAGCUUCUGCUCCGGAGCGUCACCGUUGCCGUCCGCAACAGCAUCAACAUCUCCAUCAAGAAGAGCGAAGCAAAUAAGAUCGAGGCCAUGGUGAGCAUGGCGACACGGCUUGCUCGAGACACGUUGGAGGAGUCGGUGCUGGUGCAGUCCAUCAUCAACACGGCAAAGACGCUGACGGAGAGCGACCGGUGCAGCAUCUUCCUGGUGAAAGCGGACGGAAGCCUGGAGGCGCACUUCGAGGACGGCAACAUUGUGGUGCUGCCUGCAGGGACGGGCAUCGCAGGUUACGUUGUGGAAUCGGGUACCGUGGUGAACAUCCCGAACGCGUACGAGGACGAGCGGUUCAACCGGUCCGUGGACAAGGUGACUGGCUACCACACACGCACGAUCCUGUGUCUGCCGAUCGCGUUCGAGGGCACGAUCGUUGCCGUUGCGCAGCUGAUCAACAAGCUGGACAUGGUGACACAGAGCGGGCAGCGACUUCCGCGCGUGUUUGGGCGGCGCGACGAGGAGCUGUUCGAGACGUUCUCGAUGUUCACUGCCGCGUCGCUGCGCAACUGCCGCAUCAACGAUACGCUGCUAACGGAGAAGAAGAAGAGCGACGCGAUCCUGGACGUUGUGGCGCUGCUGUCGAACACGGACAUCCGCGACGUGGACAGCAUUGUGCGGCACGUGCUGCACGGCGCGAAGAAGCUGCUGAACGCGGACAGGUCAUCGAUGUUUCUGCUGGAUAAGGAGCGCAACGAGCUGUACAGCAAGAUGGCGGACAGCGCGAACGAGAUCCGGUUUCCGUGCGGGCAGGGCAUUGCCGGCACUGUUGCCGAGUCCGGCGUUGGCGAGAACAUCAUGGACGCGUACGCUGACUCGCGCUUCAACAGCGCUGUGGACCGGCAGCUGGGCUACCGCACACAGUCCAUCCUGUGCGAGCCGAUUACGCUGAAUGGCGAGGUGCUUGCCGUGGUGCAGCUCGUCAACAAGCUUGACGGCGACGGUAGCGUGACCUGCUUUACGCCCAUGGACCGGGGAACGUUUCAAGUGUUCUCGCUGUUUGCGGGCAUCUCGAUCAACAACAGCCAUCUGCUGGAGUUCGCGGUGAACGCGGGUCGUGAGGCGAUGACCUUGAGCCUGCAGCGCAACAGCAUUACGGCGCUGCGUGCUCCGAAGAGCGUGAAGGUGAUCGCGGUGACGCAGGAGGAGCGUGAGGCAGUGAUGUCGAUUGACUUCGGGGACGCAUAUGACUUCACCUCACCGGACUUCAGCCUGUUUGAAGUGCGCGAGAAGUACAGCGAGCCGAUGGAUGCGGCUGCCAGUGUUGUGUAUAACCUGCUAUGGAGCAGUGGUCUACCGGAGAAGUUUGGUUGCCGUGAGCAGACACUGCUGAACUUCAUCUUGCAGUGCCGCCGCAGGUACCGCCGCGUGCCGUACCACAACUUUUACCACGUCGUGGACGUGUGCCAGACGCUGCACACGUACCUGUACACAGGCAAGGCAUCGGAGCUCCUGACGGAGCUGGAGUGCUACGUGCUGCUUGUGACUGCGCUGGUGCACGACCUUGACCACAUGGGCGUGAACAACAGCUUCUACCUGAAGACGGACUCGCCGCUGGGUAUCCUCUCCAGCGCGAGCGGGAAUAACUCUGUGCUGGAGGUGCACCACUGCAGCCUCGCCAUCGAGAUUCUGUCCGACCCCGCCGCAGACGUGUUCGAGGGGCUGAGCGGACCGGACGUCGCGUACGCGUACCGCGCGCUGAUCGACUGUGUGCUGGCCACCGAUAUGGCGAAGCACAGUGACGCGCUAGUUCGCUUCACAGAGCUGGCUACGAGGGGGUUUGAUCAGGAGAACGAGAACCACCGUCGCCUGGUGAUGGAAACGCUGAUCAAGGCCGGUGACGUGUCGAAUGUGACGAAGCCGUUUGAGACGUCUCGCAUGUGGGCGAUGGCUGUGACGGAGGAGUUCUACCGCCAGGGUGACAUGGAGAAGGAGAAGGGCGUGGAGGUGCUGCCGAUGUUUGACCGGUCGAAGAACAACGAGCUGGCGCGUGGGCAGAUCGGCUUCAUUGACUUCGUAGCUGGCAAGUUCUUCCGGGAUAUUGUGAGCAACUUAUUUCACGGAAUGCAGUGGUGUGUUGACACGGUAAACUCCAACCGCGCAAGAUGGCAAGCGAUCCUAGAUGGCCGCCGUGACUCCACCCGAUCCUCCAUUGCUUAA